UAGGUCGAUCCGUAGCCACACAAACCACCACCAGCACUAGAGCAGCCCAUGGAUGACGACUUCACCUUCCCCACCGUCGCCGCGCCGGCGCCGGCACCGGCACCGGCACCGGAGGAGCAGCAUGGUCUCGAGGAGGUCCCGCUACCUCAGCGCUUCGUCGGCCCGAUCACCUCCCCUCUCUGGCCAUUCUCCUCCUCACAAGAGACAAGGAAUACCCCGAAGGUGGACGAGGCGGCUGCGCCGUCGACGUCGACGAGAACCGGAGGGCACGCGCAAGCGGUCCGGCAGCACAACGACGAGGACCGGAUGGACCUGCUGUGGGAGGACCUCAACGACGACCUGAAGCUCCCGCUGCGCCGCCGCCCGGACUCUUCGGACACGGAGUCCGAGGAGACGUCGGCCGGGUGCGCGCCCACCACCAUGCUGAGGGCGUCGUCGCGCGCCGGCGGGGCGGGGCAGUUCUGCGGCAGCAGCAGCCGCUCUGGCCGUGGCGGCAGGACGACGGGGUGGGCGCUGCUGCUGAGGCUCUUCAAGAGGCUGUUCGCCGUCGACAAGAGGCCGCCGUCCCGGUCCCCGCGCCACCUCCACCACGGUAUCUACGCGCCAUGA